UCCCCUUCACUUCGGCUUCCCGGGUCGUUCUUUACGCGCGCAAGCGCCCCGGGGCCGGUCUUCUUCCGACCUCUUGCUGCUGGGUACCAGAGUUGGUGGCUAGACCUCCUGCUACCUCGCUUAAAGAUGCUCCCCUUCCCUUUGUUCUGGGCAGCACGGCCUCUGCAGAGAUGUAGUCAACUGGUCAAGAUGGCUACUCGAGCUCAGCACAGCAAGGCAGCCCAGACUCAGGCUGGGGAGGGAACUCAGGGCUGGACCGGCCAGGAGAGUCUCUCAGACAGUGACCCUGAGAUGUGGGAACUGCUGCAGAAGGAGAAGGACAGGCAGUGCCGUGGCCUGGAGCUCAUUGCCUCAGAGAACUUCUGCAGCCGAGCUGCGCUGGAGGCCCUGGGGUCCUGUCUGAACAACAAGUACUCGGAGGGUUAUCCUGGCAAGAGAUACUACGGAGGAGCAGAGGUAGUGGAUAAAAUAGAGCUGCUGUGCCAGCGUCGCGCCUUGGAAGCCUUUAACCUGGAUCCUACCGAGUGGGGAGUCAACGUCCAGCCCUACUCAGGGUCCCCAGCCAAUCUGGCUGCCUACACAGCCCUUCUGCAGCCUCAUGACAGAAUCAUGGGGCUGGAUUUGCCUGAUGGAGGCCAUCUCACCCAUGGCUACAUGUCUGAUGUCAAGCGAAUCUCUGCCACAUCUAUCUUCUUUGAAUCAAUGCCCUACAAACUCAAUCCUCAAACUGGCCUCAUUGACUAUGACCAGCUGGCACUGACUGCUCGGCUUUUCCGACCACGGCUCAUUAUAGCUGGUACCAGCGCUUAUGCUCGCCUCAUUGACUAUGCCCGCAUGAGAGAGGUGUGUGAUGAGGUCAAAGCAUACCUGCUGGCAGAUAUGGCCCACAUUAGUGGCUUGGUGGCUGCCAGGGUGAUCCCCUCACCUUUCAAGUAUGCAGACAUUGUCACCACUACCACUCACAAGACUCUUCGAGGGGCCAGGUCAGGACUCAUCUUCUAUCGGAAGGGGGUACGGGCUGUGGACCCUAAGACCGGCCAGGAGAUCCCUUACACAUUUGAGGACCGAAUCAACUUUGCCGUGUUCCCAUCCCUGCAGGGGGGCCCUCACAAUCAUGCCAUUGCUGCAGUUGCUGUGGCUCUCAAGCAGGCUUCUACCCCCAUGUUCCGGGAGUAUUCGCUGCAGGUUUUGAAGAAUGCUCGGGCCAUGGCUGAUGCCCUACUACAUCGAGGCUACUCACUGGUGUCUGGUGGCACUGACAACCACUUGGUGCUGGUAGACCUGCGGCCCAAAGGCUUGGAUGGAGCUCGAGCUGAGCGAGUCCUGGAACUUGUGUCCAUUACUGCCAACAAGAAUACCUGUCCUGGAGACCGAAGUGCCAUCACCCCUGGGGGCCUACGGCUUGGGGCCCCAGCCCUUACCUCUCGACAGUUCCGUGAGGAUGACUUCCGGAGAGUGGUAGAUUUUAUUGAUGAAGGGGUCAAUAUUGGAUUGGAGGUGAAGAGCAAGACUGCCAAGCUGCAGGAUUUCAAAUCCUUUCUGCUCAAGGAUCCAGAAACAAUCCAGCGUCUGGCCAACCUCAGGCAACGGGUGGAGCAAUUUGCCAGAGCCUUCCCCAUGCCUGGCUUUGACGAACACUGAAGGCACCUGGGAAUUGAGGCUUACAGACUGUCUUCCACCCUACCUAGUUUGGUGGAAGAGGAUAUCACUUACCUAUUUUUUGGUGAUAGAGAGAACCCCCUACCCCAGCUAAGCUGUUCAGGGCAAGAGCCAAGUACCAUCUCUCUUCCCAAAAAUUAUAGCUUUCUUUUUUGUAAUCAGACUUAGAACUACCACCACCACCACCCCCGUGCCCCAGCUUUCUGCCUUUUUUGCCAUUAUCUCAGUGUUACUUUGGCUCUUUUUGGGGCAGAGAGGGUUAUCCUGCUGAGCCAGAGAAAGGGGUGGGCAGGUACCCUCCUUCCUGUUUUUAUCUAAUAAAAUGCUAACCUGC